CAACAAUGGCGGAGGUUCUCAGUCCAUUUGUGUACUGGGGGCAGGGAAAAGAUUUUAUUUCCCUCAAGAUCGACCUUAGAGACAUUGAGGAUGAAGAAGUGGACCUGAGAGAAGACUCUUUGACAUUUUAUGCUCAAGGGAAUGGCUUGAAAGGAAACAACCAAUAUGGCUUCGACAUUGAUUUUUAUCUACCAGUUGAUUCUGAGGAGAGCAAGUACAGGGUCACAGAGACUGGUGUGGAAUUUCACAUCAAGAAAAUUGGGGAAGGGGAGGUGUGGCCCCGUCUCACUGAAAAGCAAAUGAAACUGCCCUGGCUCAAGAUUGACUUUGAUAAGUUUAUGGAUGAGUCAGAUAAAGAACAAGAAGAACAAGAGAUGUAUGGUGAGAAAGAGUUCCUUGACAGAAUUGAAAAAGAAAUGGGAACUCAUGAUCCCACAGCAAAACCACUGAAGUUCAAGUUGUCCUACAUCUUCUUGUACAACCUAUUCCAGUUUAUUGGAUUCUCAUAUGUGACUGUCAUUUUACUGUACAAGUUCCUCAGAUACGGAGAAGAGAUCAAACACAAUGCAUUUGAGGCAGUUGGUGUCCAGCUGAUGGUAUGUCAAGCUGUAGCAUGUCUGGAGGUCGUACACCCAAUGCUUGGUCUCGUCAAAUCAGGCGUCUUUGCUCCCCUAGCACAGGUCUUUGGCAGAAACCUCAUCUUAUUUGUACUACUUCUCCAAGAGCCUCGGCUACACAGUGCCCCUGCUGUGUGGUACCUGUUCCUAGUGUGGAGUGCAGUAGAGCUGAUAAGGUAUCCUUUCUACAUGCUGAGCAGUCUUGAUGUAGAAGUAAAAUUCAUCAGUUGGAUGCGCUACACUGUGUGGAUCCCUCUCUAUCCGCUUGGAUUUCUCUUUGAAGGGACAAUAGUUAUUAUGUCCAUCCCACUGUUUGAGCAGACAGGAAAGUUCAGUGUUACAUUACCAAACUCGGUCAACUUCGGUUUUUACUUCCCCUGGUUCCUACAUACGUACCUGCUUGUCCUGGCGAUAGCUGGGUACAAAAUGAUGAACUACAUGUAUUACCAGAGGAAGAAGAAACUGGGAAUUCAGAAACUGAAAACAGCUUGAGUGACAGCUGUCAAUCACCUGUCAGAUGUCCAGAGUGAAUUGAAAGCCAAAUCCAACUGUGUUCAAUAUUCUCUGUGCUAGCCACCUUCUUCAUCCUUAAUGAGGCUGACCAAUCAUGUUCAUUGCACUGUGUAUCUACUUUAUGAAUGUGACCUCAUGAAUGACAGGAAUCAUUGUAACCUUUUGAUACACUUUACCAAUCAUUUUAUGAUGUUUUUAAUCACAAUAUUCAUCUACAAUAUAUUCCCAGUGUACUUCAGUGUACAGCAAUUGACACAUAAAUUUGUUUCAGAGUUAAUUUUUUUUUUAUCUCUUUUGGUGAACAGUUUUCUGUUUCAGUAACUAUUCUUCACAAACCCUCGUCCUUACAAAGGUUUAUUUACCAUCCCCUUUAGUGUUCAAUGUAGUUCAUCAUCAGUACUUCACAGACUUUUUUACACUCCAUCAACCAUGGAUACAUUUGAUGUAGUUGACUGUAUUGUUUUAUCCAUUAUGAAUGAAACAUUUCACUGUCUUCCUGUUAAUUGUGUGUGAACCCUGCCUAUAUGAACUACUAAACCAAUAUGUAUAGUUGAUGACUGCAAGGUAAAUGCACAUGUUACACAAGAAAUACUGCCGUUUGUGUGAUAUGACCUACCGAUAAAUGUGUGUUAACGUUAUAAGCACAUACCAGACUCUAUCUCACUGACAUCAGGCUUUCCCUUUGGUUACAAAUAGUGACAAAUAAUAGGGUUAGGUAGCUCACUUGUCAAAUUGGCAAAAAUGCUGGCCUACUGUUAGUGGGCACUUCCAGCCUCUAAUGUCACAAGGUGUAAGGUAGUGAAACUGCAUAGACAGUCAUCCUAAACUUGCUCAGACCAUUUCUUUUCAAAGAAAUGUUUAAUCCAGGACAACUGUGUGUAAAACCUUGUCUGUCAGACAACCCGUCUAAGUUAUAGCUUUCCAAAACCUGACAGUGGCUGUUUUCUUUGGUGCCACCAACUAAUAUGCUGUAAAGGUUGAGUAUAAGACAAUCCCAAUAUUGUAGAAUGUUGAACAUAUUUCUAAAAGUGGUGUAAAAACCAAACUCACACUCAUGAGUCAGUAGAGCUACAGAGCCUUGUGCCUCUUAUAUAUGGGUAUGGGUAUCCUUUCAUUGUUGUUUUGUUUUUAUCUCAACCUUAUGAUAAGCAUUUUCAUGACUUAAUGUUUACUUGUUACAUGUGAAUGUUCCAACAAUGGUACAGACUCUAUUCAAUAAUUGAUAAUGCACAUUCAGGUCUUGAAAAACACAACAACAGUUUUUGUUGAAAUGUAAUUUGUUGAUUUGAGUUUUUUGUUCAGUUUUUUUAAAGAAACAUUCCCACAGCUGGCUUAUGGUGGAGGCAGGUUAAAUAAUGUAUGUGGCUUGAGGUGUUUUAGUUUCUGGUGCGUGUCCCAGGACAGAGUGAGUCAAGUUCCUGCGUGAUGAUUGAACAAAGGUGAGACACGGGGGCACUUAUGGUGUUGAGCAGAUGCUGAAUGCUUACUUAUACAUCCAGUAUUUAAACUUCUUUGUGCACCAAUUGUAUUCUGAAAUAAUUAAUCCAGAGGUGUUUAGACCCGGUUACCAUGAAUUGUGUUUAUCCAUUACAUUGUGGUUUGAUGUAGGACUCUGUUUACUUGUAUGAAGUGAGAGACUAUGUUUAAAUGGUGAAUAUAUUGUGUGUGGAUGUAGGAAGGAUGGUUAGGUUGUAAUGUUUGACUUUCACGAUCAUGAUCAUAUAUAUCAUAUUGUUUAAUUCAAUAAGAGAAAACCAAUGAAAGUAAUUCGAUUUAUGUGAAGUACUGUGGUUUCAGCUAAUGUAUGGCAUUAUUGAUUUUCUAGUCUUUGGGUCUUGAAAUUGAGCUUCAAAGUCAGAUGAUAGUAACUGAAUUUAUUUGAACUAAUGUGGUUUCUAAAAAUGUAUGGCAUUUUUUAGUUUUUGAGUCAUAAAUCCGAACUUCAAUCAGAUGAUAUUAAUUGAAUUUAUUUGAAAUACUGUGGUUUCAAAUAAUACAUGGCAUUAUUGUUUCUCUUGUCUUUGAUACAUCAAACUGAGCUUCAAAGUCUGAUGAUUAUCUCCUUAAUCUUUUAAUUAUAUUUAUUGUGAAAACAUUUCUAAAUAUGGCAUCUUCUGUUAUGUCCAGUGGGAAAAAAAUACGUCAAAAUAUGGUUGUUACUAUUGUAUCUCGUGCCCACUAACACUAAGAAAUUGUUUCCUCCAUCUUUUGACACCACUCAGGUUAACAUGGUCACAUACUAUUGUUUUCCUGCAUACUAAAUGGUGUGUGUCUCUUGACUGAUACCUUCAAUGUGGGUUACGUAAGUUCUGAAAAGGUCAAAUAUGUUACUGGUCAGAUUGACUUGUAGCUAUCAAAACCGCUUUCCUAGGGGCUGUAUUUCUAACCGACAGACACUGUAUGUAUGUAUAUUUAGUGUUUGUAGUCAAAACAAACAUGUUACAAGUUUUCGGGAGUCAUUUGUCCAAAAUGAAUAUUGGCAGUACUUUAGAUCUGCUACUGAUCCUGAAGUGCAAGGGACAGUCCUCUCAUUCACAGGAGAUGCUACAAGUCCAGAGUUGAAUUGAGAGGGGUUCACAGCUAUGGGACGUUGAUUAUGGUAACAUCUGUAUGAUAUGUUGAAAUAUGUAUUCAAUUCUCACACCCCAGAGAAUAUGGCAACAUUUCUUUACAAAAUGGCAGACUUACAUAUAUAUGUACCAAGUGAAAAAGGACCUUUUAUUUAUAAAAAAAUAAUUGGAAUAUAUAAUUUUCCAAAUUUACAAGGGGUGUUUUCAGACUUCAUUUGUUCUGUAAAAUAAUUACGGCUGAAAUUGAUAGAUCACUUAUAUUUGAGCACCAACCCGUUCUCUGAUGCGAUAUUUCUAAACAUUUGGUAAACAUUUUCUUCUUAAAUGCCCAAUUUUCUACAACCCUGCCUUUGACAAUUAAAAGAAAUCAGUGAAAGUGUGUUUAUGAGGUGUUAGGUUUAUGCUAUUUUGUCAGUUUUUACAUUUAUUUGAUGUAUGGAGUGUGAUUGAAAUAAAUAUUACAACUGUU